CAUAUGUGUGAAUUAACAAACAUGGCGACGCCCAUGGUUUCAAGUAAUGUUUAAAGAUAAUUUUAAAUAUUAUAAAAGUCGAAAUCCUCGUCCUAAUUUAAAAAAUGUGAUCGAUUUGAAUAAUCCCGAUUAUAAUAAAGUUAUUAGUUUUAAAGAAAAAUUGCUUGAUAUACAAUGCGAACAUGAAUUGGGAUUAAAAUCAAUAAAACAUUGGAAAGUUUUUGAAUUUUUAGAUAUUCCAGGACUUAUUUUUAUAAAAAAUCCAUUUACUACAUAUGGGCAACGAUAUUGGAUUAUAAAAUGUUUAAAAGAAUAUUCGAAAAAACCACAUAAAUUAAAUUUACAUGCUCAUAAUAUUUUAAAUGAUGAUGAAAAUUGGUGGGAUAUAUGUUUUAAGAACUUUGAUAAAGGUGAAAUUAAUACCAAAUUAAUAUCAAAAUUAAGAUGGGCAACAUUUGGGUACCAUCACAACUGGGAUACAAAAUUAUAUUCUGAAACAUGCAAGACAAAAAUACCUAUAGAAUUAUCAUUGUUAACAUCAUUUUUAGCACAAACAUUAGGAUUUAAAGAUUUUAAAGCUGAAGCAGCUAUCAUUAAUUACUAUAGAAUGAAUUCAACUUUAGCAGGUCAUACUGACCAUUCUGAACCUAAUGUAGAAGCUCCCUUAUUUUCUAUAAGUUUUGGUCAAACUGCAAUAUUUUUAAUUGGAGGACUUAUGCAAGAGGAUACAACUAAUGCUAUAUUUUUACGGAGUGGAGAUAUAAUAAUAAUGUCUGGAAUGUCUCGUUUGAGAUAUCAUGGUAUACCAAAAAUAUUAUUAACCAUUGAUAAACCAUGGGAUAACGAAGAGCUAAAUGAUGAUCAAUGUACUAGAUUAAAUCAAAAUGAUUGGAAAAAAGCAAAAAUUUAUAUUUCUGAUGCUAGAAUAAAUAUGAAUGUAAGACAAGUGUUAAAAGUUGGACAAUUCUCUUUGUUAUAAAAUGCAAAAUUGUCUUGUAUAUUUUUUAUUAAAAAUACUUAUAUCAAUUA